CACGGCCGAGCCCGGGUUCCGCGGACUCCCGGGAGGGAGUGGGGCCGCACAAGCUCUCUGUGCUGCGGGCUUGAGCCACUGGUCCUGCCCCUCCCCCCAGGGACAAGUGGCCCAACAUGAAGUCCAGCCCUUCCAUCCAAGCCGUCAUCGACCUCACAGCGGGGGCUGCGGGAGGCACCGCGUGUGUCCUGACCGGGCAGCCCUUUGACACAAUAAAAGUGAAGAUGCAGACGUUUCCCAGCCUGUACCAGAGCCUCACUGACUGCUUCUUGAAGACCUACAGCCAAGCGGGCAUCCGUGGCUUCUACAAGGGAACAGGCCCGGCGCUAAUGGCCUACGUUAGCCAGAGCUCUGUCCUAUUCAUGUGCUAUGGCUUCUGCCAGCAGUUUGUCAGGAAAGUGGUUGGACUGGACACUCAGACAGAGCUGAGUGAUCUGCAGACUGCGGCUGCAGGGUCCCUCGCCUCUGGGUUUGCUGCCUUGGCCCUCUGCCCUGCUGAGCUUAUCAAGUGCCGGCUGCAGACCAUGCAUGAAAUGGAGAUGUCAGGGAAGAUAGCGAAAAGCCAUAACUCAAUCUGGUGUGUAGUGAAGCAUAUCCUUAAGAAGGAUGGCCCCUUAGGCUUCUACCAUGGACUCUCGACCACGCUAAUCCAGGAGAUACCAGGCUAUUUUUUCUAUUUCGGUGGUUAUGAACUGAGCCGAACGUUUUUGGCAUCUGGUAGAUCAAAGGAUGAGCUAGGCCCUAUCCCUUUGAUGAUAAGUGGUGGAGUUGCUGGAAUCUGCCUCUGGUUUGUCAUGUUCCCAGUGGAUUGUAUUAAGUCUAGAAUUCAGGUUCUUUCCAUGCAUGGAAAACAGGCAGGAUUUUUUGGAACUCUCUUAAGUGUAGUGAGAAAUGAAGGAAUACUAGUCUUAUAUUCUGGACUGAAAGCUACUCUUAUUCGAGCAAUCCCCUCCAAUGCUGCACUGUUUCUGGCUUAUGAAUAUAGCAGGAGGAUGAUGAUGAGCAGGUUGGAAGCAUACUGAAACGUUGGUGAACCUGGAUGCAAUACCUGAAUUUGAGAACUAAGCUGUCCUUAGGGCUUAUGGAGUACGAGACCAACAUGAAAUUAUUUUUGAGUGUGUGGGGACUUUGGUUUUGUCCUCUUUUAUUCUAAACGUCCAACUGUAUGGAAAGAUCUCUAUUGUGUGUCACUAAAUUUAUCCUUAUAAUCACA